GUAUCUUUUGAAAGCGUUGGAUAUGUAUUGGCACGAGGACUGCUUGAAAUGCGGAUGUUGCGACUGCAGGCUCGGCGAAGUCGGCUCGACGCUUUAUACCAAGGCCAAUCUCAUCCUUUGUAAACGAGAUUAUUUACGACUUUUCGGAAAUACCGGUCACUGCGCAGCAUGCAGCAAAGUUAUCCCGGCAUUCGAGAUGGUGAUGCGCGCGAGAACCAACGUUUAUCACUUGGAGUGCUUCGCUUGUCAACAAUGCAAUCAUAGAUUUUGCGUGGGGGACAGAUUUUAUCUCUGUGAUAACAAGAUUCUCUGCGAAUACGAUUACGAGGAGAGGCUGGUUUUCGCCAAUAUGGCUCUGCAUCCUCCGCCUAGCGCGACUUUGGCGCACAUCAAGAGACAAGUGACCCAUCUUCAACCACCUCAGAACGUAGCCGGUGGCCCUCAACGACAGGCGAACGGGGAAGCAACCCACAACCACAACGGAUAUCCAGCGCCAGCCAGUUCGAGCGCCCAUAACGUCCUGAACCCCAUGAAUAAUUUAAACGGUAUCAAUGCGCAAGCAUCGUACGAUGCCAAAUGACAAACGAAGUAAGCACCGAUAUAUCGAUUGAGUAGCGCGAUGGGGGAAGGGACGACUCGUGGAAUCUCGUGUCGUUCUCGUUGUCUUCGUGGUUCACCUGUACCGAUAUCGUCCAAAACCCGUAAUUCUAACACGUGACUCACGACAAAAAAUUGCGCGUAUAUUUAUAAUCGAAUAUACCUUAACUACCGAAAAAGAUCGUUAAAUUAUCGAUAUCGUGCAAACAAUGACGGAAAAGGUGUUACUGCGCACAGAUAUAUAUAUAUAUAUAUUUCGCACGAUUCGCUUCUCGUCGCGAUUCAAGAUCGAUUAGACGAAGUUGAAUUUUUAUGUAAAUAAAGAAAAGACCACUAUUAAAAAAAAUAUAAUAAUGUCUCAACAACGCGAAUAAAUGACGUAGAGGAGAAUGUAUACCUAACAAAAUAUAAAAUAAAUAACGUAAGAAUAUAUCGCGAUAAUUUUGUUAAAGAGGAGACAGAUAUAUAACAUUUCUUAAAAACUGAUAAAAUUAUAUAUGACGACUAUGUCUUAUCUCCAAUGUCAUCUUAUAUAUCAUUUGACAAAUGCGUAAUGCGUAUUUUCCAGACGAAUUAUUAUUCUGUCGAUUCUCCACACACACAAUACAAGAUAGAACGUAAGGGAAGAAUAUAAAAUCAGAAAUAUGUCUUUCGUUCUCUCACUUAAUUCAUACAUCUGAAACGUCGAAUAGACUCGUCUUCCCCACGCUCGACUGGCUAGACGAUAAAUAAGUAGAUAAAUAAAUAGAUAAGUAGACAGUAGAUAGGUAACGAACAUCUAUCGGCCAAUUAUGGCGAAUUAUUGGUGCUCUUUAGAUUAUAAUUAAUCGCGUUUGCGCGAUUCAGUUUAAACACAAGAAAAUCGCUAAAAAAAACCAAAAAAAAAAA